AAUCCUGAUCUGAUUACGUCCGGCGAAGGUUAACGUGUAAAACCGCCACGAAAUUUCUCCAUUCCCGGGGAGUUGUUCGAUUCCAACAUUCAAUUAAUUUCAUUUUUACGCAGAAACUGACUCGAAUUCUUCGAUUUUGAUCAUUCUUGAACUCUCUAUUCUCUGAUUCUCUUGUUUCUCUCUUCGGCUGUUGUUUCCCAUGGCGACGAGGAAUCGAACUGCACAGUUUAGAAGGCACAGGGAUGCCGUGAAGAGCGUCCGUGCCCCUCUAUCCUCUUCGGCAGCUGGUUCCAGUGGACCGGUUAUUGAGAUGGUGAGUUCGUCUCUUCUUCGUUCAAAGCGCUCUUCUUCUUAUGCUCCUCUCAGCACUGAAGAUCCAGGACCUUCGAGCAGCGAUGCAUUUAUGGUGGGUCUACCUCCAGCUUGGGUGGAUGAUUCUGAAGAAAUAACUGUUAAUAUACAGAAAAUUCGAAGGAAGAUGGCAGAGUUAGUUAAGGCUCAUUCCAAAGCUUUAAUGCCUUCUUUUGCUGAUGGCGAAGAAGACGAGCAUACGAUUGAGGCACUUACGCUAGAGAUUACUAAUCUUUUGAAAACCUCAGAGAAGAGGUUGAAGAAAAUUUCUAGUACAGGGUCUUCAGAGGAUAUUAACAUCAGAAAAAAUGUCCAGCGUUCUCUUGCUACAGAGCUUCAGAAUCUUUCUAUGGAUCUUCGUAGAAGACAAUCAAUGUAUUUGAAACGUCUACAGCAGCAAAAGGAGGGACAUGAUGGAAUUGAUUUGGAGAUAAAUUUGAAUGGAAACCGAGCUCUCCAGGAGGAUGACGGAUAUGAUGAAUUUGGAACAAAUGAAAAUCAAACGAUGACAUUAGAUGGGAAGCACAUUCAGGGAAGGGAGAAAGAGAUUAAACAGGUUGUAAAAUCCGUAAAUGAGCUUGCCCAAAUUAUGAAGGAUCUCUCAACCCUUGUCAUAGACCAGGGUACCAUUGUCGAUAGAAUUGACCACAAUAUUCAGAAUGUUGCUGUUUCAGUUGAAGAGGGCUUGAAACAACUUCAAAAGGCAGAGAAGACACAGAAAAAUGGAGGAAUGGUGAAGUGUGCAACAGUGCUUGUUAUUAUGUGUUUCGUAAUGCUGGUUCUUUUGAUACUAAAGGAGAUAAUUAUGUAACUAAUUAAUAUAAUGUUUGCCUUUGCCUUUGCCUUUGCCUCAUUGGCUCUUAAACAUUUUGAGAACUGCAGGCAGUUGAUCAGCUCAGCAGAUGCCGUUCCUUUUUGUGUAUUAUUCUCAAAGUCUUGGAAUUGGGCAUUUUGUAGAAAUGAUUUUCUUCGAAAUAUAUCUCAUUUACUUUGUUCGGUUUUGCCA